UUUCUUUCCUGCAAAUGCUUAUGUAAUCAUUGCCAGCAGGCACAACAAUUGACAUUUGGACCUGAAAAAAAUAAAUAAUAUUGUUGAAUCAAAGAAGCUGCUGUGAGAUGGACAAACACAGUUCGCUUGAAGAUGCCGCCAUCGAUAAUGAGACAACAUCAAAUAUAACAACAACAACAACAACAACCACAAAUACAAAUACUAUAGGUAACGCCUUGCGACGUCAGCCCACUAAAUAUCCACAUGGCCUAAACAUAACCGUCCAAACAGUCGACGAGGCCAACGAGGAUUAUUCCCGUGCCUCGACCUUGAGGAGCAACAGCAGCAACGAAUCCUGCUGGACUGACACACAAAAGUAUCGCAUUGGAAUGCUCGGCAGUCCUGAAACUCUCGCUGAACUUCAGGUGCGACGCUACAAAUAUCCGCUCACGGCUAAUUAUUAUCUAAACCGAGCUGCUCCAUCGACUGGACAAAUGCAGGAGAAGCCGACGCCAAUGAUGAUGUUGGGCUAUGCCAGACGUGCCUGUCGCUGGAAGUAUCUACGUUGGCCCAUCAUCUUUGUGGCCAGUGUGCUCCUCUUUUUCGGCCUGAUCACCUACUGCCUUUGGUUGCACGAUGUCAGCGUUGCCAGAGCGCGUUUCCUGCAACGACGCUACGAGGCAACUGUGUCCAGUACAACCACCGACUGGGAGGGAUUGAGUGAAGAGUAUACCACAGAGUCCAUGAUGACAACGACCACGGAGAACGUCAACAUUAUGCAAGAGUCAACGAGACUCAAAGCCGUCGAUAUGAACAGGGAACACACCACAGUGAUGACCGAGACGGAGGCAGAGACUCCCGAAGGAGGAGACGAUGACUAUGAUGAUAUAUUGCUACCUGCCGACAGCAUUCGCUUCACCUCGGGACAUCAAAACAGCUUCGGAGUACCCCUCGAACAGGAUAAACGAAUGCUGCAGCUCCUUAAGGAUCUCCUGCCCAAACCACAGUCCACGCCACCGGCUAAUGUGCAUCUGUUGACCCGUGUCUCGCCAACGUUGCCACCGCCCUCGGGGGUCAGUGGCAGACCAACGGAGGCGAUGACAACGACACCAUCGAGCAGCAUUGUCAGCGGUUGCAUCUCCACAGCGUUGCCCAUGUGUCGUGGAGUUCUCGACUACGAUCUGACCUACAACAAUGGAAAUGGAGCACCGCGGGAUGCCGCUGCACUGGAAGCCUAUGGGGAACUCAUCAAUGCCAACUGCUCGGCACGUGCUGUGGAAUUCAUUUGCGCUGCCCUCGAACCCGAGUGUCGACCCUCGCAUAUUGGACAGCUGCCGCCAUGUAGGCGCAUCUGCAAAGCCAUUCUCGAGGCCUGUUCCAUUGCGAUUGCCAACUCGGAUCAGUUGAGCGAACUCUUCGAUUGCAGCCAAUAUCCGGAUGCACACGAGACGCACAAGUGCGAGGAUCCCACAAGGAGGCGUGACUAUUGCUACGGAAAUGAGUUUCAGUGUCACGACGGCAGUUGUAUUCCUCAGACCUGGCAGUGUGAUAAUAUCAAGGAUUGUGUGGGCGGUGAGGAUGAGGAUGAACAGUGUCUGGUGUGUGAGCACGAGGAGUUUCGUUGUCGCUCCAAUGAGAAAUGCAUUGCGGAGAAUCUGCGCUGUGAUCUCAACUACGAUUGCUUCGAUGCCAGCGAUGAGGAGGAUUGUGACAAUUUCGGAUCGGGGGAUACGGAACCUUUUGAUGAGGCUGAAUUGAACGCUUUUCCGCGCAUCUUUUCCUACGCCAGUUUCCUUUCUCCCAAUGAGACGAAUGAGAAGCUUUACACUUAUAUUACAGCUACGACGGAUGAAGAGGCUGGCACCGAAACCAAGUUUCAACUGCAUCAGGUGGCAGCACCUUCACCUGCCUCUCUUCCCCUUGCCACCUUGAAUGCUAGCUCUGAGGAACCAGCAGCUGGUGGACCCAAGGGUUUUGUUAACUUUCGGGACAGCAAGGAGAUCAUGAUGACCAGUGAUUCGGAGACCAAGUUUAAGUAUUCCUCCCAAAGGGCCAAUCGCACCACCAGUAAAUUUACACUACCCACCGCCACCGUUCCCACCCGAAGUGCCAGUGCAAUUCCCCCCUCCGCCCUAGCCCAGCAGCGGGAAAGGGAACGCAUUACAUUGAUGAGCACCACUGGCAGUCCCAUCAGCACCACCACCACGAGCACUUCCAGCACAAUGAUUGCACCCACAAGGACACCAGGACGUUGUUUGCCCCACGAGUUGCGCUGUGUGAGUGGCAAGUGCAUUACAGUUAACCAACUAUGCGAUAAGCAAGUGGAUUGUCCCGAUGCUGCCGAUGAGAUCAUGUGUGUCUAUAGGGAAAGACCAAGUGCGAGAGUUGUAACCACAACAACAACAGCAACAACAACAACCACCACAACACCAACAACCACAACAACAACGAGACGUGCGAUGCGAACAAAUCCCAAUCGAAGUCGAAAGCCCAAGUCCUAGAUCCCUGAGGAUUCCUUUGGGAUUCCCUAAGGAUUCCUUAAAGAUUCCUUCAGGCUUUUUAGGAUGUGUAGAAAAUAUCACGCUGUACAUUAUUUGGAAUUUUAUCAACAUAUAUUAUUAUUUAUAUACUUAUUCUUCUUCUUUGAUCAUCUUAUCUAUGAUUUAUUGUAUAUGAUAAUUGGCUAGAUCUUAAGUUGUUAGUAGAUUGUUUGACUAUUUUUAUGUACCAGCUGCAGACCGUACUGUGGAAUGUGUGUGUAUAUGUAUUUUAGCAAUAAUAAAGAUAAGUUUGUAGUUAAAACAAAAGCUAUCACAAUCCAA